GCUGUGGGGACCCAGGGGAGAUAUCCAAAAAGGUUUUAGGAGAAAAGGGGGGUUUGUGAGCCUGGAAGGAGACCCCCGUGGCCAGGUGAAGAGGGGAAAAUGAAUUGACUGCUUUGCAGUCAGACGAGGGGAGAAUCCCUCUGACCCCAGACCUCAUGCAGGGUUCCAGGCUGCUCUCAGAAAGAAGGGGGGAGGAAGAGGAGUAGAAUCGGAGCCCCAGACCGGGGGGAGAAACUGAGGCACAAGGCGUGGGAGGUCGCAGCUGUGGUUCGGGCUCUCCCGGCCUCGGCUCCCUGGCCCGGCCUCCGGCCCGGAGGCCCCCAGACUGCCCCCCUUGUCUCUGUCAUCCCAGAAUGGAGAACUUUGAGUACAGCAUCCAGCUGAGUGACAAGGACUGGGCCGACUUCUCGGCGGCCGCGGAGGAGUGCGGCCUUCUGCAGGCGGCUCUGGCUUCGGGGGACGAGCCCCUCUCCAGUGACAUUGAGCAGGGGGACAGCAGCGGCAGCAGCCCCCCCGGCCCCCCUCCCCCGCGACUCCUCCGGGUGCGAGCAGGCAGCCCCCCAACCGAGAGCCUGCUGGCGGUCCUGAGCGGCCGGCCCUUGGCCGCGGCCCAGGGGGGCUGCUCUGGCAGCGAGGAGGAGGAGGGCCCAGACGCCCGCCUGGUCAGCAGGUUUCGGUGUGAGCGUGUCCUGGCCCCGGGGGCCGGUCAGCAGACUCAGCGCACGUCCACCCAGCUGGAGGAGCAGCUGCCCUCGGCUGUCCUCUGCCCCGAGCAGCUCGCUCCCGCCCUGCUGCCUCAGCCCGGUGUCCAGGGUGGCGAGAUGCAGAAGUCCUCGCGGGGGGCCGCCGCCCAGCUCGCCGAGGCCGGGGGUCGCUCGGGGAAGGACCCCCCCGGCCAAGAGCAGCCCAACAGCCUCGUUCCGGCCGACGGGAAGAGAUCUCCCCGCGAGCCCAACCCCGGCGCCUCCCCCCGGAGCCCAGGGAAGAAGAAGCGGAGGUCAGUGGCCGCCAAGGGAAGUGGAUCCCCGAAAGCUCAGGACUCCAAAAGACAGGGCCCCCCCAGCCCCUCGCUGCCCCUUUCUGGGAGCCAGCCGGACAAGGGCCCCAGCCACUUGGCUCCGGCUGGCCUGGAGGAGGAUGGUCCGGGAGCGGAGCCGCCGGCCGGAGCGGCUGGACUGGGAACCAGAGCCAGCUGUGGGGCAGACCCACUGGGCCCAUCCUCCUCCCCCGUCCCGGGCCCGAGGCCCUCUCCCCCUGCGCCGGGUCCGGAGGCAGGACCCGCCCCCCCAGAACGGCCCUUCUCAGAUCUGGCUCCUCCUGCCUCAAAGACAGUGAAUGUGUCUACACCUACCCCAAUUCCGGAAGCAGGAGAAAACUUGUCUACACCUGUCUCCUUCCCUGAGAAGGGAGUGAACUUGUCUGGUGUGGCCUCUGAGGCUGAGCCAGGCUGUGAUCCGUCUAUACCUGUCUCCAAAGAGAAGCUGCACAGGAAUGUGUUUACACCUGAUAACGAGACCAAUUCAGAAGUCGGCUUCCCUACUCCUGUCCCCAAGUCGGAACCCCAACGCCAUCGGUCUACACUUGUUCUCUUGCCUGAGGCAGAGGUACCCAAGGCCCAGCCAAAUGUGAAUAUGUCUACACCUGCUCCCCAGCUCCAGUCAGCAGUGGAUGUGUCUACACCUGACCUCAAGGCCGAGCCAGACAGGAACCCCUCUGCUUCUGCCCCCAGAGCCAGGGCAGCAGUGGAUGUGUCUACACCUGACCUCAAGGCCGAGCCAGACAGGAACCCCUCUGCUUCUGCCCCCAGAGCCAGGGCUGAUGUGGAUGUGUCUACACCUGACCUCAAGGCCGAGCCAGACAGGAACCCCUCUGCUUCUGCCCCCAGAGCCAGGGCUGAUGUGGAUGUGUCUACACCUGACCUCAAGGCCGAGCCAGACAGGAAUCGCUCUGCUUCUGCCCCCAGAGCCAGGGCUGACGUGGAUGUGUCUACACCCGCCCAAGUUACUAAGAGUUUCGAUUCCCCGGCUCCACGGGAGCCCCAGGGGGAGCCUGAGGAAGGGGCUCCCUUGUCUCCAGGCCCCCCGGGGGCCCCUUCACAGGGCACAGCUCCAGCCACGCAGUCCCCGGGCAUCGCGGCCCCGGGCCGAGCUCCGAGGAGGAAGAAAGUCCGUUUUUCAGGGGUGACCAGCUCCCCCGGGGAGGACUCCGCCCCAGCCUCCCCAUCGGCGGACAAGGCUGCGCCAGAGAGCCCUCGGACUUUGGGCGGGGGCCGGGGGGGCCCCAGAGCCUGGGACGCCGUGGCCGUGGGCUCGCGCCCCCAGCCGCGGAUUCUGAAGCACCCGCCCUGCCCCUCGGCCUUGGCCAGGGAGUCGGCGGGACCCCGGGAGGACUUUGCCCUGACCCUCCCUGAGGCCUAUGACUACUUUUUCUGUGACACCAUCGUGGAGGAGGAGGAGGAGGAGGAGGAGGAGGACUUCCCGGCCGACGUGCAGUGGCCUGAGGUGUGUGAAUAUUUUUUCCGGGACGGCCGACUCCCCGCCCCAGCACCCGCUCUCCAGGCGCCUGCUCGGGGUGCUCCGGUCCCCAUCUCCAUCCCGGAGGCCUACGAACACUUUUUUGGGGAGCAGGAGCUGCUGGCCCCGGCCGACAAGCAGACCCGGGGGCCCGAGCGGGCUCCCCUCCUGGUCUGGCCCGGGGGCCCCGCUCCUGAAGAACAGGGCCCAUGGAAAGCGGAGGAGCUGGGCCUGAGCAUGAGCCUUGAAGGGGAGCAGAGGGCUCCACUCAUCCCCAUCACCUUUAACCAGAAUGACAUGUGUCUGGGGUUCGUGGCCUUCGCCACGUGGGCCGUGAGGACUUCGGACCUUCAUGCGCCAGAUGCCUGGAAAACAGUGUUGCUGGCCAACAUCGGCGCCCUCUCGGCCAUUCGAUACUUCCGGAGGCAGGCGAGGGAAGGACGCCCGAACCCGUAGCCUCCAGGCGGGGCCAGCUGGGGCCCAGGAGGGCAGGCCCCAGCCCGGGACGGCUGCCUCGAGUGAGGGGCGCAGUCCGCCAAUGGGGGCCGGGCUUCUUCAGACUUCUGCGCUGCUCCGGCCACAUUCACACAGCCUCUCUCCUCCCCCAGCCCAGGCCUGGCCCUCAUGUCCAGCCCGGGGCCUGCACGUCCCAGCGGGAGGCCCGGGUCCCCCUGGCGGCCGAGGGCUAAGUUGUAGCACCUGUAGUAAGUCAGACUUCAGAAGGUAGAGUGGGGAGGAGGGGGAUGGCCCAGGCUGUCUGCUAAGGGGUGGAUGAAGGAAGCAGGCGGAGGGAUGCCCUCUGCCUGGUUGGAGGCUCCUGAAUGUCUUGGAGGUGGGGCAAGAGACCACGUGGGAGGGGGGGGCAAGCGGCUGGCAGGGCACAGCGCAGCCACUUCAGGAAGCCCCUCUGGACUCACUGGUGACAGGUCCUGAAGAUGGGGGGUAUGGGGGCCCCCUCAGGUGGGUUCUAGAGCGGAGAACGCAGGAGGAAGGUGGUCAGAGGGACACAACUGCUGCUGGGGACGGGCCCACACAAAUUGUGGGUGCACAGUAAGGAUCCCCAGAAGGAGCUGGUGGGAGUGGGACGAUGGCGCAGGGACAUUUGGAUGCCAUUUGGAAACCGAGGGCUUCCUAAGGAAGGACGGAGUUUUGAAGGCAAGGAGACGUGAGUGGGGGCAGGAGAUGGAGAGGUCAUUUGGCUCGAGAGGCCUGGUGAGGGAUGGGAGGCUCCUGGUCCUUUGGAGAGUGGGAGGGAGUGGGAGAGGAAGCUGAGAGGGCAGCAGGGAGAUUAAAGGUUAAUGGUCUCACUGUGGGCUCUGAGCCCUUCUGGACUGAAUUCCCUGACAGUUACCUGAGUGUGUAAUGGUGUGUGUGGGGGGAGAAGAAUGGACACACAGACAGUGGGUGACAAUAAAUUUUUUUUCUAUUUC